AUGGCAGAACGUUGGGAGCACUGCGCCCGUCGCGGUGCGAGGCCAUUGGUGCUACUCGCCUUCUUAUCGCUCGCGAGCCCUGCAUGCGGAGAUAGCGCAUCACCGCCAUCCCAACCUCUUACAACUUGCAAUGGGCUGCUAUUCGUGACAAACGGCACAAGACGCAACGGCAGCCUCGUCGACGGCAAUGCUGGUGAAUGGUGUUGGAACACAAUCAGCUCUGCUUCCAGCGACGGCUUUGUCCUGGGGGACCAGCUUGCAUGCGAUUCAGCUUUCGUUGAGCCAAGCAAUAGCUCGAUCGACCUCGCCACGCUCGUGAUUGCUGCGCCUGUGACCGACUACUAUGGAACAUUGCAGAUCGUCUACAACCUCCCAGAUGGUCAUACCCUCGAGGAUGGCACCAGUAAUAUCACUGGCGCUGUCAGGAGCUCCCUGAACCUUGAGUCAGAGGAGCUCCUGCCGAUGGAGCAGUGUCUCUGGGACGUAUCCGCUGGGGGAUGCAUCGGGCGCCGCGUGCGUCGGCUGCAGCACGCAACCUCGAAUCGGUCGGCCAUGGUACGCCUCGGCUUUGUGCUACUCCCAGACCUCUCUGAGGCCCUGCAGAACCAGCGCCUUGCCAUUACCACCCUCCUUUUGUCGCAAGAGGCCCUGCUUGUCCCGCUCGACUACUCGUAUCGAUAUGACAGCGUCGUGCUGCAAUCGCUCAGCGCGACUUCUGGCCCACUCCGGACGACCGACGCGGCAUUGCAACGUGGCUCUUGGCCUGGCAGGAGGGACAGCGGCAAGGUUGAGCCGGGCGUGCGAGUGGCCGAGCCACCUAGGGACGGCGAGGAAGAGGGAGAGGGAGGGGCGCCUGCCGGCACUGCGGAUCGGCGCGAGCGGAGGCGGCAGCGGAGAGGGCUACAGGUGGCGGAUUCUCCGCCCGAGGGGGAUGCCGGGGCGGUUGUCGAGUCGCCGGACGGCGCCGGCUCGGGAGCUGGCACCUCAGUGAGCUAUGUGCCGGCCAAGGAUGCUGCGAACGUGGCCGCCGCCGCUCUGCCCGGUAGCCGCAUUACAGCAGGGCCAACAGGCCGGGCACAGGUCACGCUGCCCCCUCUCCGUGGAGCGCCGCCCACCGCCGAGGCGCGCCCCCCUCCUCGCUUUGUCGACCUGCCGCCCCCUGGCGACGCGCAGCUUGCGAGUGCCGCGGGCACAGCGGGGCAGCCCGUCACAAGCACAGCGGGGGGGACGCUAGCGUCGCAGGCGCCGUGGAUAGAGGGGAGCUCCGCCACGCCCUCGCGCCCGACGCUCCCACCGCUAGCCGACGCGACGAGCUCGCCGCCGGCGCUACAUCGAACGCCUCCUCAGCCUGCGGGGGAAGCUUCGCCGGGCGCGAGGGCGGCGCGGCGUCGGGCGGCUCGGGAGCAGGCAUCAGCGGCGCUCACGAACGCUCUCGAUGGCGAGCCCGCCCAAGGCGUGGCGGCCGGCCCCGCGCCUGAGGCGCUUGCAAAGGCGGCUGUCCCUGUGCCUGCCCCUGUGCCUGCCCCUUCUAGCCCGACUGCCGACUCGGUACGUGCGCGAAGAGCAGCGCGGGCGCAAGCCGCCGCGGCGCUGCCAUGA